UAAAUAAAUAAAAUAUAAAAUGUACUUAUACGUACCUAAAAUAUUUGUUUGAACUUUUUUAGGGACAUGUCUAUUCUCUUAGCCAACUUAUAGUAUCUUAACAUAUUUAUAGUAAAGGCUAUAUCUAACAUAUUUUGAACUUUUUCAGGGACAUUAAUUUGUCAUGACAAUACCAGCUAAAAAUACAGUGCCAUGCGACUGUUUACUCAACAGCUGCGUAAUAUGAAUGAUGGGGACGGACGGCCAUGAUUGCUGUGCUGCUGCUGAGUAUUAUAAUAACGAGCUUCCUGCAUUUGUGUGUGCAUUCCCAUGGGAGGCUCCAGUUGUUCGGUCAAGAUGGAAGAAGAUGGUUUCUUCAAGCAUUCAGGACUUCUCUACCUGCUACUGUCAAUUUAGACAGUGUCAAGAAUUGAAUAACACCUUGAAACUCUACAGGUCGCUACAACCCUUGGCCUCCCUCACAAACCCUCUCCAUCUCUCCCGAUCGACUGCCUGCCUUUUCCAGUUUCGAACUCUAAGCGUUCUCAAAUCCUGCUCUACAUUAUCUGUCCAUCUAUUCCUUGGCCUUCCUUUUCUUCUUCUAUUGUAUUUUCUUUCCCUCCAUAUACAUUUCGCAAUCCUUUCAUCACCCAUUCUCAACAAUCAAUCGCUGUAAAAAUAUUGUUCCAUUUAUCCUAUUAUUUUCAUUUGCAAUCGGUCACAAUCUAGAAAAUAUAAAACUUUUGACACAUUAGUCAAUAAAUCAAAUCUCAUUGAUGAUAAACUUCAUUUAAUUGUCCCUAAUCUUACUCUUACA